UUCGCUAUUAAAUUUUAGGCUGGAAAAAUUCAGGUAUCAAAAUUCAGGUUGACCAAAUACGAGUCUUCAAAUUCAAGUCGACAAAUUCAGGUCGAAAAAAUUCAGGUCUUUACAUCCGGGAUAUCACAGGAAGAGCAGUGGAUUGCCGAUUUCUGGGGUCCAUGUCAGUGCACUUUAAAGUGUGCUCCCUGCUCCCUGUGCAGUUUACUUCGCGGGGAACAACUUGCCGAUCGGAACGCGGCACUUCUAACUAACUGGCAGCAGGAGAAACGGCUCUGAGUAAGAUUGAGCAGGAAUUACGUGCUGUGAAGAAAAUGGACCAAGGGCUCUUGCUUUUGGGACAUGUUUUAGGGCGGUUCCGUUCUCGCAUGGAGCAUGCUGUUGGGCAUAUUCCCAUAGACAUGGACUACCUGGAAUUCAUUUGCAUACAAGAGUGGGUUUUUCUGAGUUCAGUUUCUGAGUUGGUGACUAUCCCACCGAGUAUUUUAGUGGGAAUAGCAGAACUUCUCACAUUAAUUCAUCAGAACAUGCCCAGGAGGGAGACCCCCGUGGUCAUCAUUCAGCAGGAACAAGGGGCAAGGGGGUGUCCACGGUUCGAAGUCUCACCUGAUCAUAUCAGUAAUCUACUGGAGAUGGAUUUAUCAGUUCCCACUAUUGCUAACAUGCUAGGGAUCAGUAGACGGACCUUGUUCAGACGAAUGGCGGAUAAUAAUCUCUCAGUUCGAGCUCUAUAUAGCAGACUCACAGAUGGGGAGUUGGAUGCUUCUGUAACAGCUCUGAAGCAAAGCAUGCCUCACUGUGGCUACAGAAUGAUAAGAGCAGCAUUAAAAGCACAAGGACACCGGGUGCAGUUUGACAGGGUCAGAGCUUCAAUGCACAGAGUUGACACAGAGGGAGUCAUAUCACGUUUGACAAUGCUUGGCUGUGUUGUUCGAAGGACUUACUCGGUCUCUGGGCCAAGGGCUAUUAUGCACAUCGACACCAAUCAUAAGUUGAUUCGCUACAACAUAGUCAUUUUUGGAGGUGUAGAUGGCUUUUCACGGAAGGUAAUGUACCUUGGUGCUGCACCUAACAACCUCGCUUCAACCACACUGGCUUUCUUUCAGGAAGCAGUGGAGACUUUUGGCUUUCCACUAAGGGUAAGAAGUGACCAGGGCGUUGAAAAUGUGGAUGUUGCUCGACUGAUGUUUACAAUCCGUGGGACAGACAGGGGCAGCUUUAUUUCAGGAAAGAGUGUCCAUAAUCAACGGAUUGAAAGGUUGUGGCGUGAUGUCUGGGCAUCUAUAACAAAUGUCUAUUACGAUGUUCUGCACUCCUUAGAGGAAUAUGGCUACCUUGACAUUUCGGACCCAACCCACUUAUUUUGUUGUCAUUCCGUGUUUCUUCCACGGCUUCAAAAUGACCUCAACCUGUUCCGUGACACCUGGGACAAUCACCCAAUUCGCACAGAGGGCAGUAUGACACCUAACCAGUUGUGGGCAAUGGGAAGUGUCUAUCAUCCUGUACCAGAACCCAUCAUGGAGGGACUAAGUGUACCACAUAUUGAUUGGGAGAGUAGUGGCCUCUCAGCAGAUGAACACACCAGCAUCGUUAUUCCGACAACUGAAUGCCCCUUGACUGAUGGACAAAUGGCAGCACUAAGGGAAGCUGUCGACCCUAAAGCAACUUCACAGAUAUUCGGCUGGGACAUCUAUCUAGCAGCGCUUCAGUUUUGCCAGUCUAUUGUGGAGUAAUCACAUUUAUUUAUAACUUGACAUUCAUGUUUUAACCAUGACAAGCACCUACUGGAAAGAACUUUUGAGUGUUCGGUCUUGAAAGUAUUCCUAACUUUUGUUUGAACUGAACUAAUAUUCAAUUACAAAU